AUGUUUCGCUCGCGCUUCCCUAGGAUAGGGCGCUCUGUGCAGAAGAACUUCUUCAGAAGCAUUUCCCAACAUGUGCCGCCAUUGAAGCACGAUUUCACAAAUGGCAUUCCUGAAUUCAUUGGACCUCAAGCUUUCGAGCUGUCAUGGACUUCAUAUCAAAAACUCAUGGUGGACAAAUUGAGUGAUGCUAUAGCUGGAGUUCCCCAUCUCGAUGGAAAACAACCCAAAGAAAUCGCUCUUCUGUGUGCGCGAGAUCCAGACCAGGCGGCAACUUUCAACUAUGCUUCUAUGGCAUUCAAUAACAACUUCUUUUUCAACUGCCUCCAACCCAAUCCAGUUAGCGAACCCGUCAUGUCAGAGAAACUCCGAGCCGCCAUCGAGAACUCUUUUUCCUCAGUCGAUGGGCUCAAAAGGGAAUUCGUCAUUACUGCUAGUAAAAUGUUUGGGCCCGGAUUCGUCUGGUUAAUGAAGGAUAGAUUCGACCGACUGUCCUUAAUGACUACAUAUUUAGCCGGCUCACCAUUUCCUGGUGCACAUCAUAGAAGACAACCAAAGGAUAUGAAUACCGAAAGUGAAAGUGUGACGGACUUUUACAGACAGAAGUUGGCGGCACCACCUGUAAACACAGUAGGAGCACAUGGACAUUUAAGCAAAGAGAGGAAACCACCGGGAGGGAUUGAAGUCACACCCAUUCUCUGCGUCAAUACAUGGGAACACGUAUGGAUUGCCGAUUAUGGAAUGGGAACUGAUGAUAUAGGAGGAAAGAAAGUUUACGUGGAAAAUUGGUGGAACGUCAUUGAUUGGAGUGUUGUGGCGGAUCUUGCAGCUUUGUCUGGUAACUCGGCUUCAAAGCUUGAGAGGAAUUAG